AUGAAGUUCACCGCCAUCGCUGCUAUGGGAAUGAUGGGCUGUGCCCUCGCCCUGCCCCAGGGCCCUCCUCCGUUCGUCACCGACCUGCCUCAGGGUCCCCCUCCUCACGCCGGCGAGCAUGGUCCUCCUCCUUUCGCUGGUCCCCACGGCCACGCCCCCAGCGGCACUCCCUGCGGCUUCCCCAGCGGCUUCCCCAGUGGCUUCCCCAGUGGCUUCCCCAGUGGCUUCCCCAGUGGCUUCCCCAGCGGCUUCCCCAGCGGCUUCCCCGCGCCCACCGGUGUCCCCUUCGGCAAGCGCCAGUGGGGACUGGGACUCGGUCACGAGGGCCCUCCCCCUCACGGACCUCCCAGCAGCGUCCCAACUCCCAGCGGCCCUCCUAGCAGCCUGCCGACUCCCACCCCCUCCGGUGUCGCCAGCGGUUUCGACUUCUCGAAGCGCGACUUCCCCACCGACCUCCCCUUCUCCAUCCCUCCCGGUCUCCUGACUGCCUUCCCCACUGGUUUCCCCACCAACCUGCCCUUCCCCUCGCCCGCCCCCCAGUAA